ACAGUGGGCGUGACCCGGGAGUGACAUCAGCCCGUUCAGACGGCACAAACUGAAAGAGAGAGAGAGACUAUUGAUAUGCAGCAGACUGUGAAAGAGAGAGAGAGGGAGGCGUGGAAGACUUUCUAAAUCCCUGAUCCCAUCUGGAAUCCAUCUGUGUCUCUGGCAGGAGGAAGGAUUCGACCUCAGCGCUCACAUAUGUGGGAGAGUUUAAGACACAUGCCUCACAUAUGAGAGAGAGAGAGAGAGAAGAGGUACAAGAGAAAGUGAUUUACAUUGUUUGGAAUAAGACUGGAGUGUACCGUCACUGAGAGGAGACAGCGUAGAGAAGAACGUUCCUGCCAUGCCCGGUUCCCCAGUGGAUGGAAAGACUCAUUCAAGAAUGCCCCCCCUGCCUUCAGUCAACCCCAGCGGCCCGAGACCUGCCGUGUUCUCCACCACAGCUCUGACCAAUGGCAUCAAUCAUUCCCCGCCGACCCUCAAUGCCGUCCCCUCCCCGCCUCAACGCUACAGCAAUGGACCGUCAUCUUCGUCUUCCUCAUCGCUGGCCAAUCAGCAGCUUCCGGCCACCUGCGGCGCUCGACAGCUGAGCAAACUGAAGCGCUUCCUCACCACGCUGCAGCAGUUCGGCAACGACAUCUCACCUGAGAUCGGAGAGAGCGUCCGGAGUCUGGUGCUCGCUCUGGUGAACUCCACAGUUACGAUCGAAGAGUUUCACUCCAGACUGCAAGAAGCCACAAACUUCCCGUUAAGACCCUUCGUCAUACCAUUCUUAAAGGCUAACCUGCCGUUACUUCAGAGAGAGCUGUUGCACUGCGCCCGUGCAGCCAAACAGACACCGGCGCAAUAUCUUUCUCAACACGAACACCUCCUGCUCAGCACCACGGCACCAUCACCUGCCGACUCCACCGAACUGCUGCUGGAGCCCAGCGAGAACACCAAACGCCACAGCCCCAACAGAGGUAAAGAAAACGGUUUCCAUGAGCGUCCCCCCGCAGCCCUGGAACCGCCAGCCAAACGGAUCUGCACCAUAAGCCCCGCCCCCCGCCACAGUCCUGCCCACCCCCUCCAGCUCCCCGCCCAGAUCCACCCGACUCCGCCCCCUCUCCAGCACUACGCCCUGGACGACGUCACCGCACCUCACCUAUACAGAGAACCGCACCGUUUACUGGACCUGAGAGAGCUUAAAGACCGAACGCGGCUGCCAGGCACUAACGGCAGCUAUCGUGAAGAACCAGUGGACCACCGACUCACAGAGAGAGAGUGGGCUGAGGAGUGGAGACACUUGGAUCACGUGUUAAACUGUAUCGUGGACAUGGUGGAGAAGACACGUCGGUCUGUGAGCGUCCUGCGACGCUGUCAGGAGUCUGACCGUGAGGAGCUCAAUUAUUGGCGGCGGCGCUCCGGUCCACACGACGACCGCAAGACCACAGCCGCACCGGGGAGCGUCACGUUCAGUAAGACGCACAGCCCGCUGUCCACAGACGCAGUACACACCGAUCCUCAGCGAGAGCUCCCGCUGCGUGCCGGCUCUGGAUACGUGUCUGAUGAGAUCUGGAGGAAAGCCGAAGAAGCUGUGAAUGAGGUGAAGCGGCAGGCGGUGGAUGAGGUCCAGAAGGCCGUGGCCGAGGCCGAACAGAAAGCUUUUGAGAUGAUCACCGCCGAGAGAGCCAAGAUGGAGAAAACUCUCUCUGAUGCUAAAAGAAAAGCCACCGAGGAUGCCAUACAGGUCAUCAAUGAGCAGGAGGACUCCAGCGAGUGUUGUUGGAACUGCGGUCGUAAGGCCAGCGAGACGUGCAGCGGAUGCAACGCGGCGCGUUACUGCGGCUCUUUCUGUCAGCACAAAGACUGGGAGCGUCAUCAUCUCAUCUGCAGCCCGGGUCUUCAGGCUCAGCCCAAAUCUAUGUCCGCCUUGAGCAACCGCAUCCUGUCCAAAGCCCCGGAGAGCAGUCCGCUCCUCAGCCCCUGCCUGGAGAAAACCUCCAACUCCUCCAGAGCUUCAACACCAGCCACACCUGCGUCCUCCUGCACACCUGACACCAGCGGACACUAGAACACGCAUGACACCUGUCUGAUGCUCAUGGAGAAUUGGGACUUUGGCUUCACGUGACUCAGCUUGCUUGGUGCAAAUCAUCUGGUGAUCUGUUCCAGCCGCACAAACUGUUGUCUGGUUGUUUCGUGAGUGCGCGUGUGUGUGCAUGCUGGUUUCUGCAUCGGUCCGGUUUUCUCUAGAUGUAAAUACCAUAUCAGAGCAAUAUAAUAACAGAAUACCUAUGGGAUGAAUCACCAAAGCUGUGGAUGCUGUGACGUGUUUGGUUUAAUGCUUUUAUUUGUUCUAACAAUCAGAAUUUAGAUGGGAAGUGACUGAAUAACAUGAUGUUUAAUGUGUUAAUGUGUGUUAAAUGUGGCAUCCGGAUCACAGGGAAGAGUUUCGAAAACACGGUACCGAUACACAUCAAACCAUUUAAAACCACUCCAGGUCCACCAAAAACAGACAGAUGUUAGUGACUAUGUGAACGCUUCAGUUUUUCAAAAUCUCAGGAGCAUGUCGUAUGUUUAUAGUUUAUUUUUGUUCCACAUUUAGAGUCGAGCGAGAGUCGUAGUUUCUUUAAUGUACACAUUGAUGUCUACCUUUGUUUCAUACCUUACACUAUGCGUUGAAUUAUUAUCUCAUGAUAAAUGCGAGCGAGAGAAUCUUUAUUUUGUGACUUUCUUUUGUUUCUUUUCAAGAAUUCUUCCUGGUAUGAAGUAGACAUUUAAAGAAUAAACAGAAAUGAACAUUU